AUGGACGUCGACUCUGUUGAGGCAACUACAGCACCCACAAGUCCUCUCGGGCCGACCAAGCGUGAAUGCUAUGUGCUACGCCAAACGCUACAAGGGCAUACUCGUUCGGUCUCAUCGCUGUCCAUAUCUCCGCAUGGAAUGCUGCUGGCAAGCUCCGGCUCCGAUCGCACCAUCAAGAUCUGGAACCUUGCCAGUGGGAGCUUGAAGUUUACCCUGAAGGGGCACAAGCUGGGUGUCAAUCAGGUGGCUUGGAGCGGCGAUGGACGCUACGUUGCAAGCGCGAGCGAUGACAGGACUGUCAGAGUGUGGGACUGCGAUACGGUGAGUGCAGGACCUGCGCUUGUGAUGCUCUAGUAGCAUGUAUGCGUCAGGCCCCUCACCCAAUCACGCACACGUCCGCUUCAGGGCGCCCAGGUUCGCCUUCUGCAGGGGCACACAUCGUACGUCUUUUGUCUGGCCUACAAUCUUCAAUGCAGUCUGAUCGUCUCGGGAUCUUUCGAUGAGACUAUUAGGCUUUGGGAUGUCAAGCGCGGAAUUUGUCACAAGACCAUACCGGCACAUUCAGAGGCGGUGACUGGUGUGGACUUUAAUAGGGAUGGUGACCUCAUCGUAAGCUGUUCCUAUGAUGGUCUAUUGUGAGUGCUCCCUACACUCGCAGCGGCAAAUGGCGCAUUCUCACUAUAUUCUCUUACUGGAAUGGUGUGCGUAAAGACGCUUGUGGGACACUUCAACAGGAACGUGUCUAAAGACACUAGUGCAUCGGGACAAUGCUCCACUCUCUCACGUCAAGUUCACGCCAUCAUCUUCUCAAAUCCUUGCCUCUUCGCUAGACAACACCAUCCGUCUUUGGGACAUUCCCAAUUCUCGUGUGCUGAAGACGUACACGGGAAAUGGCUAUACGAAUGGGAAAUUUGCUUGCGCAGCAGAUUUCACUGCACCUCGGGAGCUGCCCUCGCCGACAUCGGUCGGAGGGCAAGGCAUGGAUGAAGAUCCCAGAAAGCAAGAGAUGAGGAAGAGGGGUCUGAAGCAAAUAUUCGUCGUCGCGGGAAGCGAGGACCAGAGAGUGUACGUGUGGGACUUGCAGUCCAAGAAAGUUGAUCAGAUUCUGGUCGGGCAUAGAGACGUCGUCAUUGCGAUUGCUGUGAGUUGGUGGUGCUGUUCAGCAGCUGCACAAGGACCUAGAGUUGUCUGAUACAUACUUACAGCUCUUUCUAUCCUAAGGCGCAUCCCACGCUCGACAUCAUCGCCUCGGCAAGCAUGGACCAUGAUCCCUCAAUAAAGGUAUGUGCUGCACACUCUUCACCUAGACUAGCAUGCAUCGCUCAUGACCUGUGACAAAACUCCUUCACAAGAUCUGGAGUCUCGAUGACAUCCCCAUCAAGUCCGAGACGUAG